GCAAAACCCUUUCCCGCCCCCUGCCGCGGGGUUCUCCUUCACCUCCCCCGUACGCCAGGGGCUCUGCGACCCCCUCGUCCUCCGCAAAAAUGUCUGAGGAAAGGUAUGACAAGCCUGCAAUAGAAGAAAAUGUCUUUGAAGCCUUGGAAAAAGACUUCCAAGAAGUCGUCAAUGAGCUUACAGGAGAUCAAAGCUUGGAAAAAUUUCGUGUGGAAUAUGAGAAGCUCCAUGCGGUUAUGAAAAAGUCCUAUGAAAAUGAAAAGCGUCUCAUGGCAAAAUGCAGAGAAUUGAACGCAGAGAUUGUGGUGAAUUCAGCUAAAGUGGCUACUGCCCUGAAGCUCUCUCAGGAUGAUCAGACAACAAUAGCAUCAUUGAAAAGGGAGAUUGAAAAGGCCUGGAAAAUGGUAGAUGCAGCCUAUGAGAAGGAGCAGAAAGCAAAAGACACUAUUUUGUCUCUUAAAGAAGAAAUCUUGAACUUGACUAAAUUGGUGGAACAAGGAUCUGGAUUAUCAUUAGGCCAAGAACACAACAUGAGGGAAUUGCUCAGAUUUAAGGAGGAAGUAACAAAGGAGCGAGACCAGCUUUUAUCAGAGGUUGUAAAGUUACGAGAAAAUGUAACAAAUAUGACAGACCAACAGACAGAAGCAGAAAGGACAAAAGUUGAGGCAGACUCCACCAUUGCUCAGCUGAAUCAGGAAAUCCAGAUGCGUCAGAAUGAGGCUUCACGUGAGUCUCGAAAGAAAGACAAAAUGGAUAGGGAACUGAAACAGCUUCAACUUGACUUAGAGAACAAGACGGCUGAAAUGAAGACAAUGCAGCAGGGAAUGAAUAAAAACAAGGAGGAACUCCUGAAGCUUGAACAGCAACUCAAAGAGCAGAAGAUCCUGAAUGAAAGAGCCACAAAAGAACUGGAACAGUUUACAGCGAGAAAUUCCAAACUCCAGCAAGAGAAUGAACAGCAUAGCUUGGCCAUUGAACAACUCAUGCAAGAAAACCAGCAGAAAAACACAGAGCUGAGAGCAAGAGAAGAUGAGGUGUCUCAGAUGCGUCAAGAAAUUGCAAAGCUUACCAAAACAAGAGAGCUUAUGCAGCGGAAACUACGUACUGUGGAGGAACAUAAGGCACAGGCAGAAAAUGAAAGGGACACCCUUAAAAACCAGAUCAGUGGGCUGGAGAAAGAGCUGGAUACUGCGAAAAAGCAAGCUGAAAUUGAUAAAAAAGCUAUAGAUGAACUUGUGAGAGAAAGGGAUAUCUUGAACAAGAAUUUGCUCAAAGCUGCCAGUGUCACUCAAAAGCAGAUGAACCUUGUUAAGCUCCAUGAACAAUCAAAGAAGAAUCUGGAAGAGGAAAUUCAAAAUUUUAAGGAUGAAGCUCAGAAACAGAGAAAGAUAAUCUUUCAGCUGGAGAAGGAGAGAGACCGCUAUAUCAAUGAAGCUAGUGAGCUCACACAAAAGGUCCUCCAUCACAUGGAAGAUAUCAAAGUGCGAGAAAUGCAGAUAUUUGACUACAAGAAGCAGAUAGCAGAAUCUGAGACAAAAUUAAAACAGCAGCAGAAUCUCUAUGAAGCUGUGAGAUCAGAUAGAAACCUUUACAGUAAAAAUUUGAUUGAAGCACAGGAUGAGAUUACUGAAAUGCGGAAGAAGCUGAAGAUUAUGACACAUCAGGUAGAUCAGCUGAAAGAAGAGAUCACUGCUAAAGAGGCAGCCCUUGUGAAAGUGCAUUUGGAUCACCAGAGGAUAGAAAAAGAGAAAGAGGCAUUAAAGAGUGAACUACUUAAAAUGAGACAACAAGCAUUGGAGACUAAACAUUUUAUUGAAAAACAAGAAGAGGAAGAAAGAAAACUCUUGAAAAUUAUUUCUGAGGCCGAUGCAGAGAGGAUGAGGCAGAAGAAAGAAUUAGACCAGGUUAUUAGUGAGAGAGACAUCCUCGGAAGCCAGCUGGUUCGCCGCAACGAUGAAUUGGCUCUUCUGUAUGAGAAGAUUAAAAUCCAGCAGUCGAUUCUGAACAAGGGGGAAAUGCAGUACCGGCAAAGAGUAGAAGACAUCCGACUACUGAAGCUGGAGAUCAAGAAACUUCGACGGGAGAAGGGAAUACUAGGCAAAAGCGUGGCUAAUGUGGAAGAACUCAGGCAGGAGGUUUAUCACAUGCAGAAAGAGUUGUUGAAGGAAAGGACCCGCUGUAGAGCCCUGGAGGAAGAGCUGGAGAACCCCAUGAAUGUCCACAGAUGGAGAAAAUUGGAGGCUAGUGAUCCAAGUACUUAUGAACUGAUACAGAAGAUACAUGCAUUGCAGAAACGGCUUAUCAGCAAGACAGAGGAAGUGGUUGAAAAAGAGUUGCUUCUCCAGGAGAAAGAAAAGCUGUAUGUAGAACUGAAACAUAUCUUAGCCCGGCAACCUGGACCAGAAGCAGCAGAACAGCUGCAGCUGUAUCGGCACACACUACGGGAAAAGACCAAGCAACUGAAGGUUUUAUCUUCUGAGUUGAAUAUGUAUGAAUCACAGAGUCAAGAAUACAAAUAUGAAAUUGAAAGGCUUGCCAAUGAGCUUCUGAAUGUCAAGAAGAAAUAUCUUACUCAGAAACGGAAGGAACAUGAAAACAAGGAAAAGGAGAGAGCCUUCAGUAACAUAGAACAUGAUUUCUCCAUCCAGAAGACCAGAAUUCCACGCUUCACUGGAGGUGGUUUCCCACUUAGCAACCCACUUCCCAAAAUUGUGGCCUAAACAUUUGCACAAUCACACCUCACCUUCUGCCUUGGCAUCUCCAUCUGAACUUAAAUAUUAUUCUUUGAUAUACAAGACAAUAUUACUGCUUUGAGAGUAACCUGUAACAAAAUAUUUACUUGAGAUCACUGUGUUUUUUAAAAUCAAAGGAUGGAAUAGGCAAUGUUGUCCUUUAUACUCUCUUAGUGUCAAAUGCUGCCCUCUGGAUAUCAGUGAAACUACAUGAGGGAGGUGCUUGUUUUUAAAUAUUUCUUUACUAUCAUAGGUUUUAUUUUUAAGAGUCUUGAUUGAAAGUAAGAGGUAUUGAAAUCAAUGCGGCUUACUUUCAAGUAAAUACCUUGCAAACUUUGUGUUCAACUUGUAAUCAAGCAGCUUCUAAAGAUGCAUAGCUGUAUUGCUGCAACUACCUCUUCCUAAACAUACUUCUUAAAACUCUGUGAAAAAGACAACGUUACCAGUGUAGCCAUCCUAAGAAAAUACAGUGCUGAGAACUGGUCUCCUGAAGGAACAGCAUUAAUUUGUGAAGCUCUAAACUCAUGUGUAUUAUGCAGUCACAAUAUACAUUAAGAAGAUCGGAGAGGUGUGUGGCAGUGUUAAGCCUUCACAGUUCCCAUGCUGAAGAAUGUAAUUCUUUUUUAUGAUAUGUAGGCAUGAAGUAUGGUUGUAACCACACAGCUGUACCCAAGAUUUCAUUGUUGGGAAUAUGCCUUGUUUUCAUUUAAUUUAUUUCUUAUAUUCCAAAUGUGAAUGCUAAAUUUAAUCAAGCUGACACACUUGAUUUCUCUUAAAAGGAAGAUAGAUUUGCAGCGGUUAAAAUUGUUUACACAUGAAUUCUCCUACCGUAGUAACUUUUUCAAUCCAAAGAGACUUAAUUAUCAGCUGUUAGUAAGACACAUGAGAAAGGCACAAUAUGAAUGAGGGUAUCGGGUGGAGGGAAAACCCAAGCUGUACAAAAUAAAAUGUUUUGAAACUGUCUCUG